AUGUCUUUGCCUCUUCCAGUUAUUCAUCACAUCACCCCUUCUGAACCACACAGCUCGGGUUUCGGGGCCAGCCGUGGUCAAAGCCCCGGGCCUCUCCUGUGCCGAGAACAACUGCUGCUGCUCAUGGCGCCGCCAGGGCUCCACCUGGCCCCCACCAGGCUGCUUGAUUCCUCCUGCUCCUUGAAGAAGACUCUGCAGUGCAGCUGUUCCUUCCGGGGGACCCCCACGCCCUCCGUGCGGUGGCGGGUGGGGGGCGCUCCCGUGGUCAUGAACCGCACAGGCCUUCGGGUGACUUCUGCCACACUUGGCCCCUGGGCCAACAGCACCAUCCAUCUGACUGAGCCACCUGAAACAGGCAUGAGCCUGCUCUGUGAGGGCAGGAACCCAGAGGGAACCCACACCCUGACCAUCCUGCUGAAGUCAGGAAGGAGUUCUUUGGUUGCCCAGACUUUCAUGAAAGGGCUGGUUCGGGGCGUGUUCUACGGAGCCAUCGGAGUUACACUGCUCUUCCUCUGCCUCAUCCCACUCAUAGUGAAACAUAUCAGAAUGAAGCAGGCAAAGAAAAUUGCAGCAAUGAAGGCAGAAAAGAGCCACCAAGGACUCAAGAAGUCUCUAAGGCCCAAGGAACCAGGAAAAUCCAGAGUCACCCCAUCUCCUGAGCACUAG